CAGAGAAAUCACAUGAAUCGUAUUAGAAGUGCUUCACAAAGAAAAGUAAACACUGACAGAAAUGGCUGAGGGAAAAGGUAGAGUUUGUGUGACCGGAGGCACAGGGUUCAUUGCUUCAUGGAUCAUCAAGAGACUCCUUGAAGAUGGAUACGCUGUUAAUACCACUAUUAGACCAGAUCCAGAACGCAAGAGAGAUGUUAGCUUCCUGACAAACCUCCCUGAUGCAUCGGAAAAGCUUAAAAUUUUCGAAGCUGAUCUGAGCGACCCAGAAAGCUUUGGUCCAUCAGUGGAGGGUUGCAUUGGGGUUUUCCACACAGCCACCCCAAUCGACUUCAACUUGACGGAGCCUGAAGAAGCGUUGACCAAAAGAGCUGUGGAUGGAACCCUAGGCAUUCUGAGAGCGUGCCUGAAGUCAAAGACCGUGAAGAGGGUCGUUUACACUUCUAGUGCCUCUGCCGUUUCCUUCGUUGGCCCCGAACCAAAAGAUGUGGUGGAUGAGGAGGAUUGGAGUGAUGUCGACUUUCUUAGAAGUUGGAAGCCCUAUGGUUGGUCUUAUGCCAUUUCCAAGACGUUGACUGAGAAGGCUGCACUUGAGUUUGGCGAACUACAUGGCUUGGAUGUUGUCACUCUCAUUCCUCCCUUUGUUGUUGGACGUUUCAUCUGUCCCAAGCUUCCUGAUUCCAUUGAAAAGGCACUGGUCUUGGUAGUAGGAAAGAAGGAAGAAAUUGGUAUCACUCGUUACCAUAUGGUACACGGGGAUGAUGUGGCUCGAGCACAUAUAUUCUUGCUUGAGCAUCCUAAUCCAAAAGGGAGAUAUAAUUGUUCACCAUUCAUUGUACCCAUUGAAGACAUUUAUCAAAUUCUCUCUGCCAAAUACCCUGAAUAUAAAAUGCCAACGGUAUUAGAAGAGCUGAAGCAAAUUAAAGGUGCCAAGUUACCACAUUUAACCUCCAAGAAACUCGAGGAUGCUGGUUUUGAGUUCAAGUAUAGCAUCGAGGACAUGUUUGUGGAUGCAAUUGAAUGCUGCAAGGAAAAGGGAUAUCUUUAAUCGAUUUUAUUUAUAGCCAUUAAGUUUGACAAAAUAAAAUUGUGGAACAUGAUUGUUAGUUUGAUCCCUGGCAAUGAUAGCUCAAGUGGCAUGUAUACUAUUUAAUGCAUUAUGUUAUUUGCAAUAAGUCAAUCAGGGAUAUACUAAUAUUUUUAGUUUGUCUUU